AUGCCUCUCUAUGCUAAAUUUAUGAAAGAAUUGUUGACCCAUAAGAGGAACUGGAAGGAACAAGAAACAGUGGUGUUAACCAAGGAAUGCAGUGCCAUUAUUCAACACAACCUUCCUAAGAAGAUGCCAGACCCAAGGAGUUUUGUCAUUCCUUGCACCAUUGGAGAUGUCACCAUUCAGAGAGCUUUAUGUGACCUUAGAGCCAGCAUCAAUCUCAUGCCACUUUCAUUGAUGAAAAAGUUUCAAAUUGAGGAGGUAAAAUCCACUCACAUGAAAGAGGAGGUAAAGUCCUCUAUUAUACUUGGUAGACCCUUUUUAGAUAUAGGAAAAGCUCUGAUUGAUGUACAAAACGGUGAAUUGACCCUGAGGGUCAAUGAAGAACAGGUGGUCCUUCAUGUUUUUGAAACUCUCAAGUGCCCUAAUGACUCUGAAGGGUGUAUGAAAGCAGAUGUUAUUAAACCACUUGUUCAAGAGGUACUGAAGGCUGAGGUGCUAGAUGACAUUCUGGAUCCUAUCUCUGAGUAUGAAUUAGUUGAAAUUGAUAAUUCACACCCCAGAAGGCUAUGGUUCACACGCCUAAAGCAGAGGAGGAAGCCCCCAAGCUUGAGCUCAAAUCCCUACCCCCUUCUCUGA